AUGGCGUUAAUCGUCGCGAUUCUAUGCAUACUUCUUUCAUGGAUUUUCAUCCACAGGUUGAAGCAGAGGAAUGCAAUAGGCCCCAAGACCUGGCCACUAUUUGGGGCAGCCAUCGAGCAGCUGAUAAAUUACAAUGGAAUGCAUGACUGGAUCGUCGGGUAUUUGUCCAAGUCAAGAACCAUCGUUGUGCCAAUGCCCUUCACUACUUACACCUACAUUGCAGAUCCAAGUAAUGUAGAGCAUGUUUUGAAGACAAAUUUCAACAACUAUCCAAAGGGCGAAGUGUAUCAUUCGUAUAUGGAAGUCUUGUUGGGAGACGGGAUUUUCAAUGCGGAUGGGGAGCUUUGGAGAAAACAGAGAAAGACGGCAAGCUUUGAGUUUGCUUCGAGGAAUUUAAGGGAUUUCAGCACUGUGGUUUUCAGAGAAUAUAGUCUUAAACUAUUCGACAUCUUGUGUCAAGCAUCUUACAUUAACAAGGAAAUAGACAUGCAGGAACUUUUGAUGAGGAUGACUCUUGACUCAAUCUGUAAAGUGGGGUUUGGGGUGGAAAUUGGAACAUUGGAUCCCAGUUUGCCUGAUAAUCGAUUUGCUCAAGCAUUCGACACAGUGAACACUAUAGUGACACUAAGAUUUAUUGAUCCUCUGUGGAAACUAAAGAAGUUUUUUAAUGUCGGAUCUGAAGCUGUGCUUCAUCAAUGCAUUAAAACCAUUGAUGAUUUCACAUACAAUGUCAUUAGAAAGAGGAAAGCAGAGAUGGAAGAAGCAGCAGGAAUUAACAAAGAUGAAAAGAUCAAGAACGACAUACUGACAAGGUUUAUCGAGCUAAGCAAAGACCCACAGAGCAACAUGAAUGACAAAAGCUUGAGAGAUGUGGUCCUGAACUUUGUUAUUGCAGGUCGCGACACAACUGCAACGACACUUGCUUGGGCUAUCUACAUGAUAAUGACUCACAAAGAAGUAGCAGCAAAACUUCACAGAGAAUUAAUGAAUUUUGAACAAGCUCGUGCAGAAGAAGAGAAUAUCUCAUUAAAAAAGUAUCAAGAUGAUGAUCCAGAAUCAUUUAAGCAUAGAGCAAUGCAAUUCGCAGGGCUUUUGAAUUAUGACUCAAUGGGGAAACUGAAUUACCUUCAUGCUGUGAUAACCGAAACACUUAGAUUGUAUCCAGCUGUUCCUCAGGAUCCAAAAGGGAUAUUAGAGGAUGAUGUCUUACCAGAUGGAACCAAAGUAAAGGCCGGUGGCAUGGUGACUUAUGUCCCGUACGCUAUGGGAAGAAUGGAGUAUAAUUGGGGUCCCAAUGCCGUUUCAUUCGAUCCCGAGAGAUGGCUCAAAGAUGGAAUCUUCCAAAAUUCAUCUCCCUUUAAAUUCACUGCAUUCCAGGCAGGGCCUAGGAUUUGCCUUGGGAAGGACUCUGCAUAUCUACAAAUGAAAAUGGCCCUUGCCAUUCUAUGUAGAUUCUAUGAGUUUAAGUUGGUUGCAGGGCACACAGUGAAGUACAGGAUGAUGACAAUUUUGUCAAUGGCACAUGGUUUGAAGGUUACUGUUUCUAAACACGGACAUGUAUCUUAA